CCCAGCAAGGGUUUAAGAGUGGUAAGAAAACAUUUUCGAGAAGCAGAGUGUCUCUGUCAAAUCUCUAAUUCAGAUGUUGCUUCGAAAUCUCACCAACAAAAACCUUCGUCUCUUGUUCCACAAACCCACUUCCAUAAUACCAAUAACGCAUCAGUCUCAACCCUUUUCUCCUCAAUUCCAAGCUCUCUUCUCUACUAACAUUGUUGGCGACCAUCCCCUUCUUGUUCGUGAUUUCAUACAUUCAGCGUUGUACGAUCCCACGCAUGGCUACUUCUCUCAAAGGUCGAGGUCGGUUGGCGUGCUUGAGACUAGCAUUAAGUUCCAUAAUCUUCAGGGCAGGAAAGCUUAUAUGAAACAUUUGGAUAAAAUAUACAAGCAGAGUGACAUAUCAUGGUUCACUCCAGUGGAGCUUUUCAAGCCUUGGUACGCCCAUGGGAUUGCUGAAGCUAUAAUGCGCACUGCUAACCUUUCAGUUCCUCUUAAAAUAUAUGAAAUUGGUGGUGGAUCAGGAACUUGUGCAAAGGGCAUAAUGGAUUACAUAAAGUUGAACGCACCUGAAAGAGUUUACAAUAAUAUGACUUAUAUUUCAGUGGAAAUUAGUCCCUCGUUGGCUGAGAUACAGAAAGAAACUGUUGGACAAGUUCAUAGUCACUCAUCAAAGUUCAGAGUAGAAUGUCGUGAUGCUGCUGAUCGGAGUGGAUGGGGGGAUGUAAUGCAACAACCAUGUUGGGUGAUAAUGCUUGAGGUGCUUGAUAAUCUUCCACAUGAUCUUAUCUAUUCAGAAAAUCAAGCUUCCCCUUGGAUGGAAGUAUGGGUUGAGAAGCAUCAUGAUAGAGAAGCACUCUCUGAGUUGUAUAAGCCGCUAAAUGACCCUCUAAUUUCACGUUGUAUUGAGAUUAUGGAAUUGGACAAAUAUCAUACAACUCAAAGCAGCAGCUUGCUAACAAGCCUCUGGUCUAAAGUCUUUCCAAAACCCCGAAGAUGUUGGCUUCCAACUGGUUGCUUGAAACUGCUAGAGGUUCUACAUGAGGCUGUACCAAAGAUGUCUUUAAUUGCUUCAGACUUUAGUUUCCUGCCUGAUGUAAAGGUACCUGGUGAAAGAGCUCCAUUGGUUUCAACCAAGAAAGAUGGCCGCAGCAUGGAUUAUAGCAAUUAUCUGGAUGCAAAGGGUGAUGCUGAUAUCUUUUUUCCCACUGAUUUUUGGCUUUUGGAACGCAUUGACCAUUAUUGCUCUGGGUGGCUGAAAAUGCAGAAAGAUAAAUCAUCUAAACAAGGGAAGAAGAGGCGAACAAUUACACUUGAUACAUGUUCCUUCAUGGAAGAGUUUGGCUUGCCCACAAAGACGAGAACGAAGGAUGGUUAUAACCCCCUUCUGGAUGACUUCAAGAAUACUAAAUUUUAUCUAAGUGUUCCAACACAUAAUAUGAAAUAGACAGCACCGCAUUCUAAGUUCCUGGAAUGCUGAGGAUAUUCUCUUUCCGAGGUAGGCAUUAAAAUGGGCACGUGACUAGACUAUGAGAUAGCCUGCAUAUUAUCAUCAUCAUUCAAACAGAAAUGAGAUUACAUAUCAAAAGUUUUGGAUGCAUCAAGCAGUGAUAUGCAUUUGAGUAAUUAUGGAUUCUAUUAAAGUCUAAACAAGCAAUACAAAACUGGGAAAUUUGACAUCGAAUUGCUGUGAGGCACCUGCUGAGAAGAGACCCUAAUACAGAGACAAUUCAAGAUAUUGUGUACUCUAAUAAGGAGUUACUUUCCCAGAUCAACUCUUAAGUUGGUGAUUGGAAUUGUUUCUUCUCUUUGUUUUACCAUUUUUGGCCAGAGUCAUAGGAAACUGAAAUAGUUGAAAAUUUUGGCUUUGGUUUCUGUUUCAAUUUUACUACUUCUAACCCCAUUUCAUGACUCCUUUGUUUCUCUCACUUCACAAGUUUUGUCGUCCCUUGAAUAAUGAUGAUUACAAUUUGUUGAGAA